AUUACAUGAUGUACUUGAUUUUAAAAUGUUUGUGAGUUUCACUUCAAAUGUUAUGUUGAAAAAUACCUAUACGCCCGUUCAGUCUUUUCGUGACUAUGAUAUAUACAAAAUUGGAUCGAUUUUGUGAAUAUAAAAAAUAAAGUAAAAUGGGGUAUCGGAUUAAUAACAAUAAAUAAAAUUCAGUAAUAUGUAAGAAAACAAAACAUUUCUUGGUAUUUGUCCAUAAAAAAACAAAAAUUACAAUUUAGUUGAAGAAAAGUUUUACAAAUUGGAUAAUAUAUAUGCACAAUCAUGACAAUCCAAAAUAAGUAAAAUUUUCUAACUCCUAAUAUGAUGAUGCCAAAACAAGGUGAUGAUGUUAGUAAUAUCAUUGUUCCAUCUAGUGAAAUUAUUAGUGGUAAACCAUCAAAUAUAAAAUGUAAAAAUGUAGUUAAAAGAGAAAUUGAUGCUCCUUUAACACAUAGAAAAUCUGAAAGAAGAAAGUUUGCCCGCGAUAUAUUCCUUGUGUUUGAAGAACAGCCAAGUAGUAGGCGUGUCAAGGGCAGUAACAAAAAACAAGGACGACAAAAAUCCAAAUUUGGCCAUUUAAAUGUAGAAGAUCCUAAUAAAGCGAAGUGUUUGUUGCGCGAUAUAAAGAAUGAACCAAAGUCUUAUACAAGUGAGCCUUCUCAAAAUAGUGUUAGAAAAUCUUUAAAAGACUCUGAACCAAUAGAACAACAAGUAUCAAUACCACAGAGUAACACCGAAAUUGUUAAAGAUAAUCAAAAUAAUCAACCGGCAAAGGUUAAUCCUAUUUUUUUAUGGGUGAAACAAGAUGAUACUCGAAUAGUUGAAGUCCGCUGUGAAGAUUAUGAUAAACGCAACAGAAUACGCAUAACAAAAACAACAAAUGGAUGGAAAGCCAUUCCUCGAACAGACCCUGCUUCUUCUAGGAUUGUCAAAUUUAUUCAAGCACCUCUUUUAAAGAUCAAACGUGAAUUUGAUAAUCAAGAAAUUGAAGGAAAUACUAAAUUAGAUGACAAACAAAAUGUUGAUAUUGGAUUAUAUGAAUCAAAUGAUAGACAGCUGGACUGUCAUGCUGAAAUUCAGGACAAAUCCGUACAACAUAAAAGCAAAAAAGCCAAAAAGAAGAAAAAAAAUAAAAAGUUGGAAAAUAAAAAGAAAAGAGAGAAAUGUAAAUUCAAUAAACCGCUUAAAUUAAGUAUUGAUGAAGAAAUUGAACAAGAGCAAGAAAAAUUAGAAGAAACCGAAUCGUAUCAACAUUGUUUAACACCGCAAAAUUGUUCAUCAACGAAAGAAGUCUUAAGGAAAAAUAACGAAGUUGUUAAAACAUAUCAAGAAGAUUUACCAAAAUUACAAUUGUGUCCUAAGACAGGACUAUUUUUGCCUCAUAAUUCCGAUAAUGUUGAAGACAGUAAUAGCUCCAGCACGAAUGUGCUCGUUGACUUUAUAAAUAGUGAAAUAGAUUGUAAUAAAAAUAAUGAAACGAAUAUUGCAGAAAAUUUGGACGCAGAAACAAAAAAUUUGAAAGAUUUGCUUGACGAUGAUGAUCUGUUACAACAUUGUGGAGAUAAUGGUAAUAGUGAUGCUGAUUUAAUUGAUUCAUUGGUCAAACGGAGUUGCGAAAAUAAUUUGAUUCAAGAAAAUGAUGUAAUUAGAGAAGCAUCAACUGCUAAUACCUAUAUCGGUGAACCACAAGAUAAUGAGACUGUAGUCGUUGAAACAAUGCCACAAAUAAUAGAAACUGUUACCGACCCGCCAAAAUGUUUGUCGUUCAAUGAAGCUGGGGAAAUUGAAGGUUUAAAUGGAGAAUUAUUCCAAUCUAGUAACUACAUAGAGACAUUUGAAAAAGAUGACAUCAGAGACAUACAAAUAGAUGCAUUGCAAUCUGAAAAUACCGACAUUGGACUUCAUUCUCCAUUAUCUCAGAAUAAAUCAGAAAGUAACGCUUUAUUUGAAAAUACACCAAAGGAUUUAAGCUAUAAAAAGCGUGAAGAAGUAUGCCCACCCUCCGAAUCUAGAAGUCAGUGUGUUGUGACGUCUAGCUCCGAUGUUGUUAAGUCACCUAAUCGUGAUGAUAUUCCUGCUAUUGAGACGACAUCAGACACUAUUAAAAACAUGAUUUUGGAACAAUUUAUAAAGUUGAAUUCAUUUAAUACAGGUAAACAACAGUCCGAACCAAUAGAUUUAGGGAAACAGCAACAGUCACCUAAUGAAAGCAGUGCGAAGAGCUGUCCUGCAUCUUCCAAUUAUAUAGAAACAGUAGUUUUAGAUGAAACCGAUGAUGAACCGGUAAAAAAGCGACUAAGAAAUUCGGUAAAAAAUAAUGGUAAUAUAAAAGAAAAUAUGUCAAGUAUUGACAAAGAUCCAGAUCCACUUACGCAGCUACAGUUAUUAAUUAGAAAUACUCAGUGGAAAGUACCGGAUCCUAUAUUAGUACCUAAAGAUCGUUUGGGUGCAGUUUUAGCAUCACCUGCGCGAGAAAUACCACUUUUAAUAACAACACGCCCUGAAUUAAGGCUACCUGAAGCUUUUGCUUAUCCGGAAAUAAUACAAAAUCCAAACAUUUUAGUUAUUUCAAUGGCUCAAUUGGAAGCAAUCUUAAAGAAUGAAAAUCAUAUAGAGAAACCACAAUUACAAACGAAUUUAAACGAAUUUACUCCUGACAAUACUAAAAAAUUAAAUGUACAACAGCAGGAACCUAACAUUCUUCAAAAGGAACCAAAAACUUUACAACCAAAAGAAUUAAGUACAAAGUGUUCUCUUGCUGACUCAGGCUUAGCCACCGAUAUAAACGCUGCCACAUUGGCUGUUUUAAAUCAAAUGUUUUGGAUACCAUAUUUUAAUCAAAUAUCACAUGAAUUUUUGAAAUCAGUAAAAGAACCAAUUGGAGUGCAAAAUAAGUUCAAUAAUCUUUUACCACUCCUUCACCAACAGCUAGGAAUGCAACACUUGGAUGAAUUGUAUAAAAGUUUUGUUAAUCAAAUAUCUGGCUUAAAGCAAAUGAAUACAGAGGCGUCAACUCAAAACUUCGGUAACUGCAUUGGAGGUUUUAAAAAUCCAAUGGAGUUAGCGAUUUUUCAAAAAAUCGUACAGCAUCAAAUGCAUAAUAUCCUAAAUACAAGUGUAGAUCCAUUAGUUCAAGAAAAAUCCCAAAAAGAUAUGCCCAAACAGCAACAUGCUUCCAGUGAACAUAGUUCGAAUGCAGCUCAUAAUAACAUAUUAGACGCGAAACGGUGUAAAAAAUCCAUAAUUGAAAAUAAUCCACUGCCUUCGUUUCAUCUUUCAGACCGCAAUGGUAACGUUACCAUAACUCCUACUUAUAAAACUAGUUGCGAAAAUACGAAUGCUGUUGCAGAUAGUUCGAUAUCACACAAUGUGAACUCAAAUAAAAACGAUACAAAUAAUAAGCCAAGAUUGACAUGCAAAUCUUUAUCGAAUCUGUUAGAGCCUGAAAAUGUGUCUUCUAUUAUUUCUUUAGCAAACUAUGGUGAAUCGGUUAACAAAUCGACAGAAAAAUCUAAAGACGCUCAUGCAGAGGGUACAUUUAGAAGUGCAAAAACGAAUGCGAACUAUCUUAAUAUUAAUUCAAAUGAACUGUCUAAACAAAGAAAACGAAAUUUCAACAUCAUGGAUGCGGUUACAUCAGAAGUGAACGGAAGGAACUCUGACACUGUAAAUACAGAUACCAAUCCAGCUUUAUGGCAUCCGUUAUUUGGAAGUAAUGCAAAAACCGGAUACAGUAGCCCGUGGCAAUGGACGACAGUAACAGCAACUGGUGAAUGACAACAGAGGGCUCUAAAGGGGCCCGGUAC